CAUAAAACAUUCUCUGAAGCCUGAUUAGCUGUCUAUGCGUCCUUUCAAAGUGAUCCUUAGGAUCAUGUGUUUCUGUUUCUUGAAAACAAUUUUGACAGAGCUGAGACCCUAAAAUAUACUAGUCCUUGAAAAGCAUCAUAAGUAUAAUUAAUCUUUUCCUUGAAAUUUUGAGCUAACGUGAAAUUUUAUCCUUCUGUAAUUGUUUGUUCCUUUCCACUAUUCACUGCUGUUAUCUCUUAAGCCCCAUAUCUCACAGCUGAAAACUGUGAAAAGAAGGGGCUACAAAGGAGAAAUAAAGUGUCAAACUAUUCUUUUUCUUUAAAUUCUUUUCGCAUAAUAGAGGGGACAAGAAAACUCAUGUACCAGAACUUAAUAAGUUUAACUGAACUAUAUACAGAUUGUAUUUAUUUAUUGCUUCACAUACCUUGUUAUAUAUGAUGCUGCUGAUAAAUCUCAUGUCCGAAGCUUUGGUCCUCCCGUUUCUUUCGGUUUAUACACUCUUGUAUGCAAUUCUUCCAAAAAAUUUUCCUUUCUCACUCUUUAACUCUGUGACAGUGAUUCAAUGGUGUAGCAAUACAUGCAGGUUAUGGUGGAUCCUGACGCCCCAAGUCCAUGUGGGCUGAGACUGAGGGAGUGGCUGCACUGGAUUGUUGUAGAUAUUCCUGAGCAACAUGAUGCUACCAAAGGAGAGAGCAACGGAGGGAGGGUGUCAACUCCCGGAUGCCCGACUCAAAGCAGGCCGGAGCUUCCUGUUGCUGCAGUGUAUUUUAACUCACAGAAGGAACCCGCAGUGAAGAAACGCUAGCAGAUACUUCAAGUGCAACACUUAAUCCUACAUAUUUAGUAGAUUUUGUGAUACAUUCAUUAAAAAGAUUACAGAAUAGGUUUCGUAGGCUAAUGGAGAUGGGUGUUUGUUGUUAAAGAACUGAUUUUGGUCUGUGUAUAA